AUGUCCGAGAUCCCGCAGACCGAUGUAUCCAGGCCGUCUGCUCUUCCAACGGCCAAUCUCUUGCAGAGAGGAAGUCUACAAAGUCUUGUCGAUCAAAAUUCAUCCGAAUACCUCGAUACCAUUGAAGAAGAAUGGAACAAAAAAGUGGAUUUGGAGGUGGAAACCCUGGUCGAUGGGAUGGUCGACCUGGUCAGCCUCGCUUUGAUAGGAGAUAAGGACAAGUUCCGAAUGGCCCAGGAAGCCUUUCAAGCGCAGUCUCGAGCAGAAUCCAUGGUUCGAGCGGCGAAUUCAUUGCUUUCUAUAACCCAUUCCAUGAAGCUACUGCUUCUUCUAUCUGAUGAAUCCCAGAUUUCGCAGCGACGAGAUGCCGAACUCAAAGCUGUCCAAAAGGAAAAGUCCGAAGCGAGGCAGAAAGUAGCCGCGCUGCUUGAUGAAUUGUUGACAAGUUCACAGGCAUGCUCCGAGGAUGGUAUGAAUUCUUAA